GGCUUUGUAAUGCGCCCCGGCGGAAGCAGCCGUGCGAAUUUCGUACCACCGAUCAAUUUGAGCUCACAAGGCACAAAAUGCAGCACAGCAACCACUGACAGACGCAGAGCCAAGCGCUUUUGGCUCGAAGACCCGCACCAAAAAGCUGGCGCCGGCUGCUGGCCGCGGCAAACGCGCGGCAUAGAGCUGCCGUCCGGGCUCUAGAGCUCAAUUCAUGGCGGAGCAUCAUGGCCUCGACGCUGCGCGGCGAACUGCUGCCGGUAAGAGUUCGCGCAGCCGCCGCAGCAGCGCCUCCACUACAAACCCUGAGGUAACCGCUGCAUCGGUCCCCGCCGUCGCGGUGGAGCCAGCCGCGCCGCUCGCAGCGUCGACGUCGUUCGCCGAAACGGCAUCCGUCGAGCCGGCCGACGCCGACACGCCGAACCGCCGCGGCUCGGACCGGUCGACGGACGCCUCGGGCACGCCGAUCGGCGAGAUCCGCGACCGGAGCGAGCGCGUCCGGAGCUCGUUGAGAAGAGGGCGCGAGUCCGAGGCGUCGGAGUACUCGUGCGCCUACGAGCUAGAUCUGGACGACCUCGACGAGGGCGAGCUGACGGUGCCGCGCCUGCCGGACCCGCCGCCCGAGGUAAAGCACGCGUUUCGCUGCGCCGCGCGAGGUGACGUGGAGGGCCUCGAGGCCGCGCUCGACGCGGACCCGAGCCUGCUGUACGCGCUGAACCGCGGCGGCGCGUCCCUCGUCGACGUCGCGUCCGAACGGCAACGCGUAGCUGUCGUGAAUUUGUUGAGGGCGCGCGAGAACCCCGCGCGGCGGCGCCUCGUCGAGACGGAGUCGCUGGAGGCGUGGCUCGCGGCGCGAGGCCUCGCCGCGCUCACGAACGCGCUCGCGGACAUCGCCGACGACCCCGACGACCUGCGCGAGAUGACGGACGACGACGUGGUCGAGGCGCUCGAGGCGGUCGCCGACGCCGAGGAAAGGCGUGCGGCGGACGAGAAAUUGAGGAGGGCUUUGCGGGAUCUCGGGGCCCAGGUGUCGCCCUUUAUCACCACAAAAAUCCCCACGGAGUUCGAGGACGACGACACCGUCGCGCCCUGGGCGGAUUUUACUCCAGAAAACCAGGCGGCCAAAUUGGCGGAGUUGGAAGCAUUUAAUUCGCGGCUACCGGCGCCGGACGCCUCCGCGAUGCCGCCGCCGCCGCCCGUCCCGAAGUCGCCACCACGCGUGUCGCAGAGCCCGGGACAAUUCCGUACGCCGCCGCGGCCGCCCGGCGUGCCCAGCGGCUUCUCCGAGCUCGGGGACCGGUCGAACAACCUGUCGCCGGUGACGCCCGAGCUCUCGAAGAGUCCGCCCCGGAAGUCGUUCGUUCUGUGAUCCACCGGCCGCUCAUCGUCGCGCGCGAGGCCUUCGACGGCUUCCACGCGCCCCGCGGCGCGGCCGGCGUGGCGCUGGUCGACGGCGCGGUCGCCGAGCUCGUGGCCGCCGCGGACGACUGCCGCGUCGCCGACUGCGCGCGCGCGACCGACGACGUCCACCCGCGGCUUCUCAGGAAAAACGGCAUGGACGACGACGACGACGCGGCCGACGACGAGGAGGCCAUCUCGCGGAGCG